GUAGUCGGAAAUGCUAAUGUAGGGAAAUGUCAACAGAAAGUAGCCAGUGACAUCGCGGAGACAUCUCCCCCCCCCCCCUCUCUCUAUUCGUGACAUUUAAUGUACUAUAUAUUUCCAUUCGUGAAUCAUCAUUGUAUCGUUCUAGUUUCUGUAUUCGGCCGGCGUAGAUGCUGAAUUUCUUGGAUAUUUUUAUGAUAAGUAUGGAUCUAUUUGCUUCUGUGAAGCUGUUAUCUACCCCAAGACUGGUAGUAUUAUGCAGCCUGUUUUAUUUCAUAACAGUGCAAUCGGAAAAUACGCGAUUGAUGAACGGGGAUUUCCCUUUUGAGGGAAGAGUUGAGGUAUUUUACAACGGUGAAUGGGGGACGGUCUGCGAUGAUCAUUGGGGUAUUGAAGAGGCUGAGGUCGUGUGCAAAGACUUGGACUAUAUCGGGGCGGACCUAGCCCUUGUUUACGCAGCCUUCGGUCCUGGAAGUGGUCCAAUAUGGAUGGACAAUACCUUUUGUUACGGAGGAGAAGAAGAUCUGUUUGAGUGCUCUAGGAGCCAUCAAAUAGGAACACAUGACUGUGCUCAUGCGGAUGAUGCUUCGGUGGUUUGUACAGCAAGAGGUUCUCUCAGGCUUGUCAACGGUACCACGUACUACGCUGGCAUCCUGCAAAUAAUGGGGAAUUCUUCGGGCACCUGGAAUGGUGUCUGCGGGGACACCUGGAGCCCGGAAGCUGGCGAAGUCGCUUGCCGUCAGCUCGGCUUCUCUGGAUACUUGAGCAGUGAUUUGGUUGCCAAGUCAAACAGCUCCAUCUAUCGGCACGACAACGAUACGAGGGCAUUCCUCGGUGGUUUCCGUUGCCAUGGCAAUGAGAGAAGACUUGAAGCGUGCCUUGAUGCAGAGUGGAGCUCUGUGGACACCUGCACUGGAAGUGAGGAUGUUUAUCUGGUGUGCGAUCGGACAGACGUCCGCCUCGUUGACGGAAGUGAACCGCAUGAGGGUCGUGUCGAAGUCUUCUACGGUGCUACCUGGGGAACAGUAUGUGACGAUGACUGGGAUAUUAACGAUGCUAACGUAGUCUGUCGCCAAGUCGGCUACAGCUAUGGAGCCUUUGAAGCACCUCGGAACUCUGAAUUUGGUGCGGCCGAUGGUCCUAUUCUUCUUGAUGACUUACAAUGUUAUGGAUGGGAGCAUAGUCUAUUUAGCUGUGGUCACAGUGGGCUAGCCAACGAUAACUGUAAUCAUCGUACCGAUGCAGGCGCUGUCUGUUUAAGGAAGGAGAAACAAGUUCGACUACUUGGCGGUUUCACGAGUUACGAAGGGGUGGUGCAAGUAUAUGAAGACGGAGUGUGGAAGACGGUUUGUGACGUCGAUAACAACUGGGGUCGUGAGGAGAGGGAAGUGGUGUGUCGUCAGCUCGGUUACGAGGUCGAUGCCGAUUAUCGGACGCCUGUGACAGUCAUUAGCGAGGUGAUCGGCGAGACGUUAACAGCAAACUACUUUUGUUCAGGACAAGAAGAUAGACUUACCCAGGAAUGUACGAGACAUCUUUACGUUGGUGGGAAUGAAUGCAGACCAGAGAAUGUUGCACAAACUCGAUGUAGCAAACCAAAAGACCUCGAAGUCAGACUGAUUAAUGAAGAUUACGCUGGCCAGGGCGUUCUUGAGAUAUUCCACUCGGGGAGCUGGGGGACCGUGAACUCCCUCAGUGCACAGCAAGCCGAGGUAGUCUGUCGUCAGCUUGGCUACGAGGCCGUCAUGGAGAUCUAUGACGAGGGCGAGUUCGGGUUCGGGUUUGGUCUUAUAUUUGGCAUAGAGACGAUCGUGUGUGGUGGGGACGAGGAUGACCUCAGAGAAUGUGUUGGGAAUGUUACGGAGGUCGAAUUUCCCCGUCAUUCAAAGGACAUCGCUCUAAUGUGCAGGCCUCAUGAAUCAAUCGGAACUAUAGCAGCGCGACUUUUUAGCUACGACAACCUACAAUGGAAGGGUCGGCUUGAGGUUUAUGUCGGAUAUGGAAUAUGGGGGUCUGUUUGUUCAUCAGAAGGAUGGGGGCAUUCUGAAGCUCAGGCUGUAUGUAGGCAACUAAACUUUGGCACAGGUAGCCAUGCCAAGGUCCUGGACGCCUCCGAGUUUCCCGAAAGCUACGGAACAAUAGCCUUUAGCACCGUUGACUGUGAUUCGGAAGAUAGUUCGCUGAGGGAGUGCCAAUAUGGCGCAUGGGGUCAAAAGGACUGCGGACACCACCAGGAUGUAGGGAUCGACUGUUAUUAUUAUGAAGUUAACCCAUCAGAGCCUGAUAAUAGCCAAGGUACGAGCAUACCAGUCUGGGAAAUAAUCCUCAUCACACUGAUGGCCAUGUUCAUGCUUCUCAUUCUAUCCGGCUUGGCUAUCUACCAGCAAGGGCGCAGAAAACGCCGCCCUGGUACAUCCCCUAUCCACACAGGCCCGACCGCGUCACGUGAUGACGUUGUACCAGCCAGUUACAACCCGACUUGCGAGUUGACUGAGCCUCCACCAGACUACAGACCCCCUACUCCGCCGCCAGUUGAAUCACCGCCAUCGUACGAAUCGGUUGUGAUUCCCACGAACAAGCGGAACGAAGACCAUACUGCACCUCGAGCCGAUAACGGUACUGACGAUGACCACGACAAUGGCGACGAUCGUCAUUACGUCUCGGGUAUGCCACGUGAAAUAGAAAUCGAUCGACACGGAACAACACCGCGUGUAAUGUAUCAAAGAACUGAUUCAGUGUUUAUUUAAAAAAGGAAUUUAGGAAUUUCAGUACCUACAUAAACAGGUUUUUAGCUCCACUAUGGGUAAUUCAAAACCAAUGUCAGAGAGAGAGUGAUUUUGGCAGCUAGAAUCCAAAUGUGUUCAGUAACAGACAAGUAAAACUGAAACCCAGAUCUGAGCAAGACAUUAGCUACUACUACCGUUACAGUACUAUAAGACAUAUUAAGCCAGUACUGCUAUCAGUAUGUGGUAAUGUUAUUCAUGUACGUCCCCCAAAAACAUUGUUUCAUAUGUAAAAAGAGAAGUUAAAAGGAGCAUAAUACUGUGAAAAAAAAUCAUUAGUGUCGUAUGUCAAUGAAGUUGUGACAUUUUAAAUUCUAUUUUUUGUGAAAUCAACCCAAAAUUUAGAAUGUCAUAACCCAGCGUUGUACUUGUUUUGUAUUUUAUUCAAUUACUUGGACUUUAACAAGAUAGAAAGAAAAAAACUUCAACGCGGUACAUUGUACGUGCCUAUAUAUUUGCAUGUGUGUGUGUGUGUGUGUGGGAGGGAGAGGAUGAGGAUGCGUGUUUGUAUGUGUGUGUUUAUUUAUUAUGCCAAUUAUUUUAGUUAUUUCUAAAUGAGUUAUUGGUUCAAAACCACUCAAUUUUAAAUUGUAGGCUCAUCGAAUGGAAAUAUGGUAUAUGAUUCUGAAGAAACUACUUUUUUAUUUAAAUAAAUCUAAAAGCGAUUUUACAUUAAUCAUAUUCGGACAGCAUUUUGUCAUAUCUAACUGAAAACUGAUAUGCACCUAACCAUCAACCCCCCCCCCCCCCCCACAAUAUGUCAUGAAUGAUACUAGCAGGAGAUGCAUGCCACUGGCUGUAGACAUUUUUCGUCACAUAAUUUACGUUCUAAAUCAAUUAAAUUAAACCAGACUCAAAUGGUUUGCUAUGUCCUUGUUUGACGAGUUUUGGCUUGAAAAUGGCUUAAAAUUUUACCUUGUUCCAACUACUACUGCUGCUGCUUCUAAUACUGCUACUACAACUGCUACACCAAUUACUAUACAAAGUCGGUCUAAUUAGUAAAUGUCGUAAAUGUAUGUUAAUGAUUUGUGGAACAUGAAAUAAAUUUUGAUAUAUUCAGAACAA